UUGUUUUGAUAAUCUUAAAAUGAUUAGAAGUGGAAAAAAAACGCUACUGCAACAAAAUCGUCUAUGGAAGAGAAGGUAAAAAAUCCCGGAAUGACAGAUUUGGAUGGCGAAGAGACUGGAAACGAACCUGAAGACACGAAGACACCAGACAACGAUGAUGGAAAGGAUGGACUUUUCACUGCUUAUCUAAAGGCUUUCAUUUUGUCUAUUUUAGCCAUGUUUUCGGCCGGGUUUAAAGCCCUAAGGGGAUUUCCAAGGUCUGUCUCUAAAUCUGGGCUUGGGAAAUAUUUUUAUUCACCCUCGAAUCGAUCGACGAGUGCGGCUACUAUGAAAGGGACACAAUAUCAGGAUUCGAGAAACACUCGUUCAUUUUCAUGUUCUACUGCCCGGUUUGAUCCACAAAAACUCCGAGAUGUAUGGGGUAAGCCAUCCUUUGAUGUGGCGAAAAUGAUCCAUUUGUUGGAUCACGAUAACCACGACAAGAGAGCGAAAUUUCGCAAGAUCUUUUCUGAGGAUCCUCUGAUGACCCCAAAGUACAACAUUUCCCUGGACGAAGAGAGAGACUUGGCCUUGAAGAGACUGAAGACACUCUGUAAUCAAGGAUUUAUUUCCGUGUUAGACUUCAAAAACAACCCUCUUUGGAUCUUCGCAGCCCAUGAAAUGGCCGCCGUGGUGGAUGCAGCAAUGGCUACCAAGAUGACAGUCCAGUUUAACUUAUUUGGUGGUACUGUGUUGAAGCUGGGUACCGAAAGACACCAUAACAAACUGCUAGAGGGUAUUGAUUCACUGGAGGCUGUGGGCUGUUUUGGUCUGACAGAACUUGGAUACGGAAACAAUGCAGUACAGAUGGAAACAACAGCCACCUAUGACAAGGAGACUAAGGAGUUUAUUGUCAAUACACCAAAUGCACUGGCACAGAAAUAUUGGAUCACCAAUGGUGCUUGCCAUGCCCAUCACAUCAUUGUGUUCUCCCAGCUUUAUGUCGAUGGUGUCAAUCAAGGUAUCCAUGGUGUACUGGUACCUAUUCGAGACAAGAACCUUAAUGUGCUGCCUGGAGUUCAGAUUCAUGACAUGGGACAUAAAAUGGGUCUGAAUGGAGUGGACAAUGCCAAGUUCUUCUUUGACAAUGUGCGUGUGCCCAGAGAAAACCUACUCAACUUGUAUUCUGAUGUUGCUGAGGAUGGAACUUAUACCACAAGCAUAGAAGGAAGUAUCCGCAAGCGUUUCCUGACUGUAGCAGACCAGCUUCUUUCAGGCCGUCUCUGUAUAGCUAGCAUGUCACAAGGUGCAGCCAAAGGUUGUCUUGCCAUUGCCAUCCGCUACUCAGCAACUCGCCUUACAGUGGGUCCUGAUGGUAAAUCUGACACACCCAUACUGAAGUAUCAGCUCCAACAAAACGCUCUGAUGCCACUUCUGGCUGCUACUUACGCCAUGGAUUUUGCACUGCAGUAUGUUAAGGAUCGCUGGGUUUAUCAGGCAGAUGAUGGAUCUGACCAUGCAGAUGUGGUGAUUAUGUGUUGCGUUAUUAAGGCCAUAACUGGCUGGCAUGUGGCUGAAGCAGCUGCCAUUUGCCGCGAAAGGUGCGGGGGCCAAGGCUAUUUGUCCUGUAACAAGUUUGGCAGUGGCAUCGCUGGCUCGCACUCCUCCAUGACGGCCGAAGGUGACAACUCAGUCCUGAUGCAAAAAGUGGCUUCAGAGAGGCUGAUGAGUCUCAAGCCAUCCAUGAUGGAGGUAGCAAGCAGCUAUGUGCCAAAGGCUGCGACCAGGAUCUUCAGCUGGGCCAAUCUCAACAACCCUAAAUACUUGCAGAAGCUGUUAGAGUCACGAGAGCAAGAUCUAUUUUUGACCCUCGGAAUGAAGAUGAUGAAGGCUGGUAAGGAAGGAAGGUUCGACUCCUGGAUGUACAAGGAACAGGAUCUUGUCCAAGCUGCUGCUCGGGCGUAUGGUGAACGACUUAUCAGUGAAUGUUUUGACAAAGCUCUUGAUAAAGCUGAUCCCGGUCUGCAACCAGUUCUCCAGAAACUUCAUCACCUCUAUCAGAUGUCAGUCAUCAAGAAGGAUCUCGGCUACUUUACCACCUCGGGGCUGAUGUCCACGUGGACUGGGGCUAAAGUUGGGAAGGUAGCUGCUGACCUGUGUCGAGAAGUGGCACCGCAGGCUACUGCACUGUGUGAUGCAUUUGGAUUCACCAACGAAAUGCUUAAUGCUCCAAUUGCAAGAGACUGGGUCAAGUAUAAUGCAGUUGAUAACAAAGGGGAAGUGGAAGGUAUGCAGUAUUGAUGCUGUCACCUGAAAUUCAACCCCGUAAACGAACCUUUUUUCGUUUUCUGAAAUCUCUGACGGGAGGCUGAAGAUCGAAACGUCCGCUUUAGAAACUCUUUAUGGCCGCUAAUUUACAUCAUCAUCUGAGUUGAUAUAACCAAAAUUUCUUAUCCUGCAUUUGGUUUUUUCUUAAAAAUCUCUUGCUUUUCGUACAUUUGCAUGAAAUACUCGAAGGUUUUAGUUCUGCCACAAUCGAUAAAGCACAUUUUUUUUCUUGGGGGGGGGGGGAGGGGGCGAAGAUGGAUAUUUAACACUUUCCUUUACAACUCAUGACUAGCGAUUAUUCUGACAAAGGGAAUCGAACCGUUUUAUUUUCCUCAGGCGCAUAACUGAGUAGAUUGUACAUGUAGCAGUCAAGUUUGGCAAGUUGUCAUUCCACCAGACGUGACCGUUUGUUUUAAACACAUUUCCCUUCACUGCCAAUGUCGAUUUCGAGGGAAGCCAAAGUUUAUACCAAAGUUUAAUCCACCUGUAUGAUCUAGAAAUUUUUUUUGUUUUGAACUCAUUUCCCUUCACUGCAAACGCAGAUAGAGAAGGAAGCCAACAUUUAUACUAAAGUUUAAUUCGUAUGUAUGACCUAGAAAUACAAAUUCAUUAAAGAACAAUCAGUAGUUCAAAUUUCAUGGGAACGAAAGUGGUGAAAUAUCUGAAUUUUAAAAUUAAUUUCCUCUUUCUGUUUGAAAAUAUAUGAGGAAUUGGUGAAAUCUAAUCCACUGGGAAAGUGGGAUGUUAAUCCUUGUUGGACAUGCUGCGUUUCUGAUAAUUCGAGUGCUUUUAAUGAUCACCGAUGGAUAAGCUACUUCUCUUGGUAUCUUUUCAUUUUGAGGGUAAUUUAAGAAAGGAUGAAACACCGUUGGCCGUAACAACUUAAAGAUUUUUUUGAGAUUCUGUUUCGUCACAAUGGCUUUGAGGUCCUUCCUUGUCGUAUUGUGAUGUAAAGUGCGGGAAUAGAAUUUAGGAUAAAGAUAAAGUAUUCCCUUCUUGAGUAAAGCGAUAAUAAUUUUGAUAGUGGUUGACUUAUUUCUGUUUUCAGUAUACGCUUGAUUAUUUAUCAACUCAUUUUGAAAUAAAAGUCUUGGGAUCAAUUUA